UGGGGGGACCGCGGUUGUGGACUGGACACAGCUCAGGGGAGUCUCCUCUAGCACCGUAUUACACAUCCUUCCCGUAGCUGAUGACGCAGGCCUCCAAGAGAGUAAAUAUUUGUUGCCUUGACCUGUGUAGUAGCCAGCGUUUCACCACCGGAGCGUAAUUAGCCUUUGGGGCGGGACAGUACUUAGUAGGUAUUGCUGAGUAUUGUUGGCCCCGACUUUAAAUUCCAGUAGCGCUUCUCAGAUCCCGUGACAACCGAAAAAAAAACCCGGUUGAGAACCUGUAGGCAAGCAAGACUAAGGCAUUUCUAGACUUUCAAGCUGAAAGAAACUCCAGUAAGUCAAAGAACAGCGCUUAGACGUAUGAGAAACCAGGCUGCCUGACCUGGGAUGCCAGCUCCAGUUGACGCGGCAGUUAAUUUACCUCAUCUGUAUAUUGACGAUAAUACUACCUUUUAGGAUUUAGGAUGUCUUCAUCACAUUUUGCCAGUCGACACAGAAAGGAUUUAAGUAUCGACAUGAUUAGAACUAAAAUUGCUCAUAGGAAAUCACUGUCUCAAAAAGAAAACAGACAUAAGGAAUAUGAAAGAAAUAGACACUUUGGUUUGAAAGAUGUCAACAUUCCAACCUUGGAAAGUAGAGUUCUUCUUGAAUUAGAUGAGACAUGUCGAAAUCUUGUUCCAGAAAAGGCCAGUGUCAAGCCAAGGUCAACAAAAACUGCUCUAGGUGAUCAACGAAAGCAAAUGCUCCAGAAAUACAAAGAAGAAAAGCAACUUCAGAAAUUGAAAGAGCAGAGAGAGAAAGCUAAACGAGGAGUAUUUAAAGUAGGCCUUUAUAGACCCGAUAUGCCUUGUUUUCUGUUAUCAAACCAGGGUACAGAGCCAAAAAAGGCUGUUCCAUCUUCUGUACGGAUUACAAGGUCAAAGGCCAAAGACCAAAUGGAGCAGACUAAGAUUGAUAAUGGGAGUGAUGUUCGAGCAAUUCGACCUGGUCAAAGACAAACUUCUGAAAGAAAAGUGUUGGACAAAGAGAGAAAAGCCGUACAGCCUGUAACGACCACAUCGGUGAGAAUGACUCGAUCAGCCACUCAAGCAGCAAAGCAGAAUGCCAGAACAGUCUCAUCUACUACAACAAGAAAGCCAGUCACAAGAGCUAAUGAUCAUGAAAUAGAGAGAAAGGCACCAAAUCAAGGAAGACCUGCCAAAAAUAUAGAAACAAAACCUGAAAAGGUCAUUUCUUUUAAACUUGAUAGUAAAGAAAAUACUUUGGAUUCACAAACCAGUACAACAAAUGGAAUGGAUCCAGAUGGAGUCUUAUCAAAACUGGAAAACUUACCUAAGACAAAUACUGCAAAAAUGAAAGGAAAGAAUUCCUUCGCACCUCAAGAUUUUAUGUUUCAGCCAUUGGAUGGUCUGAGGACCUAUCAAGUAACACCUAUGACUCCCAGAAGUGCCAAUGCUUUCUUGACACCCAGUUAUACCUGGACCCCUUUAGAAACAGAAAUUGCUAAGACUCAAGAACCAACAAAAGAAAUUCUGGCCCAAAAGUGUAAAACUUCCACUACGAAGAUAGUACAUCAAGAUUCAAAUAAACUGCAGUGUCCUUUGGGUUCUCUCACAGUUUGGAAUAAAGAACACGUCUUAAAUAAAGAUGAAACUACUAAAAAUUCAAAUGGCCUCCCAACAAAAGAAGUCCCGUCACUUGAAAUAAAUGAAGAUCAGGUAUCUCAGCCACAACAUGAUGUGCCAUAUUUCAGAAAUAUUCUUCAGUCAGAAACUGAGAAAUUAACUUCGCACUGCUUGGAGUGGGACAGGAAGCUUGAAUUGGACAUUCCAGAUGAUGCUAAAGAUCUUAUUCGCACAGCAGUUGGGCAAACAAGACUCCUUAUGAAGGAAAGGUUCAAGCAGUUUGAAGGGCUGGUGGACAAUUGUGAAUACAAACGAGGUGAGAAGGAGACGACCUGUACAGAUCUGGAUGGAUUUUGGGAUAUGGUUAGUUUUCAGAUAGAAGAUGUAAACCAAAAAUUCAACAAUUUGACUAAACUUGAGGAAUCUGGAUGGCAGAACAAUAAUAAUACAAACAAAAAAGUCUUUCGGAAAAAAGUUGUCUCAGGUGUAGCAAGUAAAUCCAAAGAGGAUGAUGGAAGAAUUGCAGCUAGAAAUCGCCUAGCUGCCAUAAAAAAUGCAAUGAGAGAGAGAAUGAAGAAGGAAGAACAUGUGGAGGCAGCGGCCUCUGUAAUGCCAAAGGAAGUUGAUACAAUAGUGUUUGAUGCUGGAUUUUUCAGAAUUGAAAGUCCCGUUAAAUCCUUCUCAGGACUUUCUAUCUCCUCUGAACGUCUUUCUCAAAGACUUAGGACACCUAAGUCUGUCAGCAAAGCUGUGUCUGAGAACAGGUCUAAGAUGGGCGUUCUGAGACAAACUGUGUCACCGCAGAAUCCUGAUCCUUCAAGUACCACAUGUGGACAUGUUGAUAAGGAGACUUUGCUUUCAACUACUCCUAAAAACAGCGUAGAAGAUACUCCGUGUCCUGGAUUACAAGAUUUAAUCGAAGUAAAUUAUGGUACAAACAAGAUAAGCUUUGAGAUGGAUCGUUUACCCAGUGAAAGAAUGAGUUUGGCUCUACCUGCUGGUGAAGUGAGAGAUGAUAUUAAUGAUAACAAAAAGGAAGAAAUUUCAGAUGAUGUGGAAGGAAUGGAACUAAAUUCUUCGGUUACAGCACAGGAUGUUUUAAUGAGCAGCCCUGAAAAAAAUACAGCAUCACAAAAUAAUAUCUUACAGGAAGAGGAAACUAAAAUUUCUCAGUCAGUACUGUUUGAUACUAAAAGUCUCACUACUGAAUGCCAUCUUCUUGAUUCGCCAGGCCUAAACUGUGAUAAUACAUUCACUCAGGUGGAGAGGAGACAUCCAGAUCAUGGCAGACACAUUUCCUUUGGUGGUAACUUGAUUACCUUUUCACCUCUAAGGCCCCUCAGUGAAGAACAUCCAGAAGAAUUUUGAAUUUAAAAAUGAAUCCAAAUAUUUUUUUUUUCAUAUUAUCAGUGCUGUGAUAUAUUCUUAGCAUUUUGAAAAAUUAAAGAGUAUGUAUUUGUGUUCACUUCUAUUCAAUUUAUAUAGUGUCAUAAAAUGUUUUAACAUUCAGUGUUCAUCAAAGUUUGUUUUAGAUACUAUAGUGUUUUUCAAGGGUAGUGGGAAUAUUUUGUACAUUAACUAUGCAGAAUAAAAAAUGUACAUCACCUCGCCUCUCUUGUUUAAAAUGUAUAAGCUUAAAGCUAAGUGUACUAACAUAGAGCUUAUGAACAUUCAUCAGUUUAAUCAAAAUAUAAUAUUAAACUUUGACAGAAAUAUUUGCAUCUUUUUAUACUUUAUUUUUAGUUUGGACUCUUAAAUUUGUUGAUGUCCGGGGCGCCUGGGUGGCUCAGUUGGUUAAGCGUCCGACUUCGACUCAGGUCAUGAUCUCGCGGUCUGUGAGUUUGAGCCCCGCGUCGGGCUCUGUGCUGACAGCUCAGAGCCUGGAGCCUGUUUCAGAUUCUGUGUCUCCCUCUCUCUGACCCUCCCCCAUUCAUGCUCUGUCUCUCUCUGUCUCAAAAAUAAAACGUUAAAAAAAAAAAAAAUUGUUGAUGUUAAACAGCUUUGCAUAUUGGAUUUUCCAGGGUGUACUGUAUUUCUUUAAAUGAGCUUUCUGGAAUCUAAAGUCAGUUUACAUGCUGCAGUUUCAAAUGCUUAAACUAUUAGAGGGGCUCAUUAAAUCUUUCCCUUUUUGUUUUCAUUUUCCCCUUGAUGUGACUGACAACCUAAGGAGGUGCCUUCUUCCCUUGAAGAAAAUUAUAUCAAUCACUUAAUGUGUUUGAAAUAUUUUCUCUUUUAUAAAACUCUUCAUUAUAAGAUUGUAGACAACGGGGCCAUGAGAAUAACAGAGUACCAAGAAGAGUCAUAGUAGCUAAAGCUUGUAAUCAGACCUGGUUCCAGUUAUUUCUGCCUCUAAAUAAGUUAGG